AUGGAAGACGUGAUGAUUGACACUGGGAGAGCUCUCAACGCCAAAAAUCUGAAGAGCAUGGGGAUUUUGGAUCAGGUCAAGUUCAAACCUACUAUGGACACCUCCUGGGAAGCUCACAAAGAUCAGAGGAAGAUCCCACAUGGACUUUAUCUGUUCUCAAAGAUCGACCCUCCAGGGGUAAUCCUGUAUUAUUUAGAUGAUCUGAGGAAACAAGGAGUGGAUAUCUCAGACUUCAACAUUAGCCAGCUUCCAGCUGAGCCUCCGAACUUCAUGAAGCGUUCACGAGGACCAUCUGAGAAGGCGAAGCAAGCAAAGAAGGCAAGAUUGGGAGAAUCCUCCGGAUCAAGACCUCCAGCACCUCUGCCUGGACCUUCUGGUAAGUCCGUUUCACUAGCUCCCUCUGCACAAACAUAUAAUAUUGCUUCUUCUCUACCUCAACCCACUCAUAUCUAUACAAACUCAGAAACUCCCCCCUCAACCACCAGAACUUCUCACCAACCAUCCCAAAAAUUUAACCUUGCCACCACAACCCUAACUCUUUCUGACGCAGAAAUGCUGAAUGAAACCACCUCACCAUCCUCAUCUUCUUCUCCAGAAUCACCCCCCUACUACAACAUUUCAUCAGACACAGAACACUCUGACCCCUCAUCUCCCACUCUGGCCCAACUUCAAGCUCAGACUCUGGCCUCACAACAGCCAACACAACCCACACCUGAACCAGAAAUUAGCUCUUCACCCACAGAACAACCAAACCCAACAACAUCUGACCCUCAACCUUCUGAAACAACUCCAGCUGAAACUCAACCAAACAACUCUGACACAAACCCACAUAAUACAUCCGCUGAACUGCAAACUCCCACUCUCAACCUAUGCCCUCCCACUUCUCCACCUCCAACCUCUGAACUAGAAAACACCCUGCCAACCCUAGAGGAAACAAUAAUAUUGUUUGUAGGAGCUUUAGUUGACAAGGUCAAAGACGCUGAGCUAAGACUCCAGGAGCGUCUAGUCAAAGAAGCUGAGGAAAGAGCCCGCAAGGAAGCAGAAGAGAAAGCCAUACAAGAAGAAAUGAAAAGACUUAAGGAAGCUGAAGCCCAAGCUCUAGCUGAGGCUGCUGCUGCUGAAGCUGAAGCUAAAGCCGAAGCUCGUCGUGCUGAAGAAUCUGCCAACAGGAAAUUUGCAGAAGAGUAUCUAGAAACAUCAUCUCAUGGACGCUCCGGUAAGAACUUCUGA